AUGGCCCUAAGUAACUUUGCUCCUAUGGAUAAUAAUUCAUUUUCACCAUCAUAUCUAUUUUCACCAGAUUCAACUACAACUUCAACCCUUCAUAAAGUUAAAUUUAGUUUACUGUCACCAGAAUCAUUAACUUCAUCUUCUAAUUCCAAUAGUAGAAUUAAAUUAUCUCAAUUAUUAGAGGAUGAAUCAGAAACAAUAGAAUCUAUUUGGAAAAUGUAUAAUAACGCAAAACAAGCAUUACCAAAUCAAAAACGUAUGGAAAACUUAUCUUGGAGAAUGAUGUAUUUAUCCACCAGUGAUAAUAGUAUUAAUGAUGAUAGUGAUAGUACUAUCAUCACAAGUAAAAGUCUUCCAACUAGACAUUCAAGUACAUCAGAUCCAACUAAUGAUGACUUUGAUUAUGUUGCUCACUUAGCCAAGAUUGGCGAAGACCAUCAUCGUCAAGCUCACUCAAAGAAACGUCCUAGCACUAUUUCUCCAAUACUACCAUCUUCACAACCACAAAUCCAAAGACAACCCGCUACUGCUACUGCUACUGGGAGUGGUGGUUUAUCUCAAUUAUCAAAACAAUUAAAUCAAUUCAAUAAGUUUACUCAUCCUUCGCAAUCGCUUGAAAAUAUGAUACCACAACACCACCAAAAUAGGUAUAACAAUAAUAGUCAACAACAACAACACCAACCACACAAGCCUACUCCACAACAACCAAAGCCUAUCCCACAAACGUUCCGCCGCGAACAACAUCAACAAGAACAUGUUCCUUUCUCAGCUCCAGCUUCAUAUAUCCCUUCCAAAUCAUUUGAAUUUUCUUUAAAUCCAUUUGCAUUGGAGGCGCCCCAUGAUAAUAGUAGAAGAGACCAUGAACCAAGUUCUUUCAAUUCUAAUGUUUCUUCAUAUGAUACGAAGGCAGUAUUUGACGACUUUAUAGAUGGUCCUAGCACAGUUGCAUCAUCCACCUCCACCACCGCCACAGUUCAAUCCCACUUUCAAUUUGAUUCGUAUUCUAAGCCAAUCAGAGCCACACCUGCAGCCACACCUAAUACUUUAUUAAGGGAUGAAUCUUCCAUGUUAAGUUUACCUGACUAUAGAUUAUUGAAUCAACAAUUUGUUAACCAACCAACAACAACAUCGUCGUCGCUUUUUGCAUCCCAGCUGAUGAAUAGGGUUGAUUCAUCGUUUAUUUCUUCAUCGCCGGGAUUAGUACUCACACCUAUGUUACCAUCACAAUCUGAUUUACAUCUUUCACAAUCAUAUGAUAUGAAUUCAAAGAAGAAGAAAUCAACUAGACCAAAAAUCAAACGGGCUGAUUCUGGAUCACUUCAUGUUUCAUGUACGAAUUGUCAUACUCGUACUACUCCACUUUGGAGACGUGAUCCGAAUGGACAUCCAUUGUGUAAUGCCUGUGGGUUGUUUUUGAAAUUACAUGGGGUGGUUAGACCGUUGAGUCUUAAGACUGAUGUUAUUAAGAAGAGACAAAGAAGUGCGAAUGGGAAUGCUAAUGGUACAGGUAUCGGGGCCACUCCUACUUCCACAACAACAUUGUCUUCUUCAAUUGGAUCUAAUAAGGAAGAAAUUGCCAAAUCUAGUAUAUCAAAACCAAAAGCAUCAAAAAUAAAGAGAAAUAAAUCAAGUAUAAGAUUAAGUUAUGAAACUCAUGAAGAGAAUAUAAAUGAACAUAUUUUGAAAUCACAAUCAUCAUUUGAUCCACCAUCAUCAUCAAGUAAUAAUAAUAGUGAAUAUUUUAUUAAUUCUCCAACGUUGUCAAGAUAUUCGGAUAAUGGAAGUAAUAAUGUCUUACUGAUUAGAGAAGAAUAUAAUCAUGGUGUUAAUUCUCCGGAGACUGGAUAUCAUUUGGAUUGGUUAAGUAUGAAUAUGUAG